AUCACAAAACCAUUAUAUAUACCUCCCCAUGCACUUGAACAACUCAACAACUCAAAGUAAUUCUGUGAAGUAUUGGAGAGAGAGAGAGAGAGAGAGAGAGAGAGGGAAUGGAGGCGAGCAACCGUGCGCGCAAAGGGUUCACCAAAGGGAAGCUGGUGAUGUCCUUCUAUCAAGCAGCCAAGCCGCAGUCUACUUCCUCAACCGUCCAAUACAAUAAUAGCAGCAGCAGCAGCAGCAGCAGCAACAGCAACAGCGGAGUGGUCAUCAACCACGACAAGUACGUAGCUGCUCAACCGAGGUUGCACAAAGUUUCGGAGAUUAGUGGCCUUGACGACUCCUCGUGUACUACUACUACCUUUGAAAACAACCACCACUACGGUGUAGUCGCUGGAGAUGAAAGUGUUGAUUUGAAGGCUGCGAGUUAUAUCUCUUGCGUUCAGGAACGUUUCAGACUUGAUUGGGUCAACUCAGAACGUGACAAAAAUGGUGCCUGAACUAAGAUAGCAUAUGAAGCUAAGAGGGGUUAAGCUUUUCCCCUAUUGAUCUUCCUUUCAAAUGACGAUCAAACCCACAAAUUAAACCCCUAUUCUUGAGGGGACCUGCUGAUUUCAUCAGGUUGGUUUUACCCUUGAUUCAUCAGUUCCUUUCUUAUAUUAAUAUUAGGGGUCCUUGUAAAAAAAUUCAAGGCUCAUUAUCUUCGGGGUAGUUUGGGUAAAUUUUACUUUUAUUUUUAUUUUUAAUACAGAUAAUAUAUAUAGAGCUAAGAAAUCAAGGGGUUCUAAUCUAGUCAGCAUCACAUUUGACCACCAAGUCUCUCCUUAUGAGAGAUUUUGGUUCCGCUCUUAAGAGUAGAAUAGGAAGGUAAGAUUUUCUUGGAUUUGGGGUGGUUGCUGUGCGGAGGGCAUAGUAGCCACUGUUGUGCACCUAAAUAUAUACCAACAACCCCAAAUCUGACUUUCUUACAAAGUGUAUGGAUAUGAGUUUCAAUUCUCCUAACUAGUCUAACAACUAAUUACUAAUUUUCGCCGAUCAAAAAAAAAUAUAUAUAUACAUAUACAGCUAGGAACCCACUAAAGAUUUGUAAUGUCCCAAAUGGUUCUAGUGAUGUUCCAUAUAGAAGAAUAUUACUCCCUUUAUAAUGGAAUCUAUCUUUUUUUUUUCCUCUUUUGUUUUUUAAUCGGUCAAAGUGAAAGGUUAGUUGUUAGAUUAAGAUUUUAGGAGAGCAUAAAUUCAUACCUAUAUAUUUUUUAAGAAAAUCUUACCUUAUCCUUUCAUUCCUAAAAGUGGAAUCCUAAAUCUCUCUUAAGAGAGAUUUACUGGCUAAAGAACUAACCAACUACAUAGUUAUAUUAGAAUCUAUCCUUAGUUAUAUUAGAAUCUAUCCUUAAGUUUCUCCUUACUAUCUCCCAAGCUAUACACUCUAAUGGAGUGUUUUGAAAAGAUGAUUAAAAGUUAACUUUUUUUACUUUUUUCAUUAUUUCAUGUGAGAAGUGAUGUGACUCAAAAUGGAUUAAAAGUUGACUUUU